ACAAGUAAUUAAAAUAUAAAUCUAGUUUGCUGUCAAUAACAAAAACUGUUGUUCGUUUAUUAUCUCAUCUUACCUCGAAGUGAUCAUUUACGUCAGUAGCUGCGGGCUUAAAAAAAUUUGCAGAAUAAAUGUUAGCGAAAGUAAUUUGCAAUGUUUAUGAGUCAAUAUAUUUAUCUAAAUUUUGUAGCAAGCAUAUUUCUUUAUGUUAAUGGAGACACUAUCUUAAACGAAAAGAAAAAUGGAGAGUGCAUCCUGCCGAAUCACCCUGCAAAUGGAAAAUGGAUAAUUAUUGGAGGAUCGGAUGCACAGCCAGGAUCUUCAGUGUCCUCUCUUACCGCCAUAACUUAUUUUUGUGAAGAGCCGUACAAACUAUCCAGCGACUACAGCUUGAUAACUUGUCUUGGAAACCAUUGGAAUCUUCUUCAACCUGAAUGCUUAAGUGAUGAAGAAAAGACAAACGAAGUAAAAAGAACAGCAUAUGGAGAAGUAAUAGCAACAGGAGAUAUCGUUAAUCAAAGAGGCAAACGAUAUGCAACGCCGCAAGGAGGAAGAGGAGGAGAUGGAAUUGUAAUUAAGUCAGGUAGAAGAGAGACAGUCAUUGGUCCAGGAGAAGAAGGGAGUUCGUAUUACGACGAAAGAGGGAUAGCGCGAGGUGGACAAGGAGGAACUGGAGUUAUAAGAGGCGGAUGGAAUGGAAAUGAAAGACAAACACGAGGUCAAACUUAUAAUGGAGAUGGAAGAGGAGGAUAUGAUGAAUAUUACGAUGAAUUACCGGAACAAACUGAAGACAGGAUAAGUGGAAGGGGAGGGGAUGGAGUUGUGAUAAGAAAUGGAAGAAUCAGAGGAAAUAUAGUAGGAAUAGGUGGUCAAGGAAGAUCAAGAGGUUAUUAUCGAAGGAAAAGAGAAACUCUAAAUCAACCUAGUUUAGACGAUGAGGGAGAAAAGACAAACAAAGUAAAAAGAGCAGUAAUACUAAGUAGAAAUGCAUACGGAGAAGUAGUAGCAAUGGAAGACACCGAUGAUCAAAGCUACAACCGAUAUGCAACGCAAGGAGGAAGAGGUGGAGAUGGAAUUGUAAUUCAAUCGGGUAGAGGAAAGACAGUAAUUGGUCCAGGAGAAGAAGGGUAUUAUGACGAAAGAGGGCAAGCGCGUGGUGGACAAGGAGGAACUGGGGUAAUAAGAGGCGGUCAAGGAAGUAUUGGAUGGAAUAAAAAUACAGGACAAAGGGGAGGUGGUGGACAAAAUUAUUAUGGAGAUAAACGUAAAGGUCAGGAUGGACUAGUAAUCGGACCAGGAGAGACAGUAAAUGGCUACGGAAUAGGAAUUGGACAACCAGGAGGCAAUGGACAACGUAAAGGUGGUAGAGGAGGGAAUGGUGUCGUAGUGGACCGAGGAUCAGUGAACGGAGGCCUAAUCGGACAAGGUGGCUAUGGAGGAUAUGGAAGAUACCCAAAUUCAAAUAACAACCGGAAGCAAGGUGGAGGAGGAUACGGACAAGGUACAGGAUAUUACGAUGGAUCACUGGAAGAAAAUGCUGACUGGAUAGGUGGAAGGGGAGGGGAUGGAAUUGUAAUAAGAGGUGGAAGAGUUAGAGGAAAUAUAGUAGGAAUAGGUGGACGAGGUGGAUCAGGAGGUUAUUAUCGAAGGAAAAGAGCAACCCAAAAUCCACCUAUUGUAGAAAAUUGCGGAGAAAAAAGAACCAGGCAAUUCUUUGUGGAUGGAAAGAAUGUGAAAAAGACAAUUUAUCCAUGGGCGACUGCUGUUUAUAAAAAAGUACUUGGCGAAUUUCAAUAUUUCUGCGGAGCAACUAUGUUAACCCAAAGAAUCUUUGUAACAGUCGCUCAUUGCGUGACCAGUUAUCCAGAUAACGAUGUAAUACCUGCGGAAAAAUUAAAAAUUGCAGUUGGAAAAUAUUACCAGGAUUACAAUAAUUCUAAAGAUACUCAAGCGCAAUUCUCAGACGUAAUGAAGGUUUUAGUUAAUCCAAAAUACAGAGGACUUAAUCUAAGAUACGCAGCGGAUAUCGCUUUUUUGAUAACAAAAGAUCAAUUAACAUUGUCCAAUGUUGUUCAACCGGUCUGCUACCAAAAUAUUCGCAAUAUUGAUCUAAAUGAUGAACUGGAGGGAGUGCUAACUGGUUGGGGAUUCCCAGACUCAACUUCAGUAUCACCUUCAAACGAGCUUCAAGGAAUCCCGUUACCCUUUCAAAAUGAAGCGAUCUGUCUCAAAGAAAUUCCAGAAGAUUUUGGACAUGAUUUCCUUGCCUACGAUAAAAUGUGCAUGGGAUAUUACAAUAAAAGUAUGAAGUUUUGUGGUGGAAUCAGUGGUAAUAGUUUAACGUUCCCGUACAAUGGAAAAUACUACAUACAUGGGAUAAUAUCUAUUGGUAAAAAAGAUAGUACCCAAGGAUUAUGUAAUAUACUAGCAAAGAGUACGCUGUAUACAAAAGUGUCUGCACACUAUGACUGGUUGGAGCGUGUAAUAUCUCAAUAUCAAUAAUUUUUUAUAUAAUUAGAAUUAAAUAAAAAUAAAAUAUUUUCUCGUUUUCUAAAAAAGUAUUUUAUCUUUUUAUACCUCAUUAACAACAAUAAUCUGAGAGGAUGCGUU